GGGAGGAGGAGGAGGAAGAGCAGCGUGGCGCAGGGGGGUCGAGCGCCGUGUGGAACAUCUUCUAUGGGGAGCAGUCCCGCAUUUAUCAGGAGCUAACAUGACCGAUCGGCACAAAUCUUCCUAAGGAAGUCUGUAGUGACCCACUUUCCACGUUUAGCCACUUUUUUUUUUUAUACCUCGGCCAAGUGGGAAUGUGUCCAACUUGACUGUAGAUUCUGACAUUGUGGUGCUGAAAGGACAGCGACCGGCUGUGGCAAAGGGGAGCUGACCGGUGCUGAAGGCAUAAAAACACACACUAGAAGCGAGGACUUCACAAAAGAACACCUUUUUUCUCUCUUUAACUAUCCACAGUUGUGCAGGACUUCCAUUUGCUAAGUAGAAAACACUGCUUCGGGAAUGUUCCCUUUAACUCCACCACUGUUUGCCGGGAGCUAAAACUUGAAUUCACUUUUCAUAACGCCUAGCUUCUCAGAGCGAGUGGGAGCCCCUGUGCGUGCGUGUGCGUGUGCGUGUGCGUGUGCGAGUGCGUGCGUGUGUGUGUGUGUGUGCCAUCAUGCCUCGCUCUUUCUUGGUGAAGAAAGUGAAGCUGGAUGACAUUUCGGCUGCUGAGCUGGAGAGCUCGUAUUGUCACGGCCGAAGAGGAGAACUGAGCCUACGAUUCCAUCAUCGUGAUAAAGGUUACGUGCGGAAUUAUCUGACCCCCUCUCACUAUGACGACGUGGUGGGCAGCGACUCGUCGGCCAUCUCUAAAGUGCCCUCCUCCCCGAGCCACUCGUCCAUCAUCUACAGCCGCAUCGACGACACCUUCAGCGGCAUCCAUGGCGACAUCCACGGCGAUUCCGACCAGCCGGACAGCCCCAGGUCAGAGGUGUCCUCGUCGGCCAGCGGUUACAUCAACGGGGACGCCGCCGUCAGCGAGGGCUACACGGUGGACGCCUUCUUCAUCAUGGACGGGCGCUCGAGGCGGAAGGGCGCCGCCAACCCCAGGGGGGCUCCGCAGAGGCACUCGUGCAGCGAAUGCGGCAAGACCUACGCCACGUCUUCCAACCUGAGCCGGCACAAGCAGACGCACCGCAGCAUGGACAGCAAGAUGGCCAAGAAGUGUCCCACGUGCGGCAAGGUCUACGUCUCCAUGCCGGCCAUGGCCAUGCACCUGCUCACGCACGACCUCAAGCACAAGUGCGACGUCUGCGGCAAGGCCUUCAGCCGCCCGUGGCUGCUGCAGGGCCACAUGCGCUCGCACACCGGCGAGAAGCCCUUCGGGUGCUCGCACUGCGGCAAGGCCUUCGCCGACCGCUCGAACCUCCGCGCUCACAUGCAGACGCACUCGGCGUUCAAGCACUACAAAUGCAAGCGCUGCGACAAGACGUUCGCUCUCAAGAGCUACCUGAACAAGCACUACGAGUCGGCGUGCUUCAAGGGGGCCUUCUCCCCACUCAGCUCGGUGGGGGAGUGACUUAUAUCCUUCCAAACGCUCCCAAAUCCAUCUCCUCGCCUCAAUAGGGGCGGAGGACCUCGCAGCGUGAAAACCAGAACACGGCUUCCAAAUGUGCACUCAUUCACAAAAGAUAAAUCAAGCACAGAACAUCUAGCUCAUCACUUCCAAGACACCUCCAUCUAUUUAUGGCCACGAUCCUCCUCACAGGGGACACAAGCAAGCACAAAUUCUCUCCUCAUCUUCAGUCGCCACCCUGCAAAAAGAGAUUAAAUCAACUUCCAGACAUUGUUCAUAAUUUAGGGGAGAGAUUUUUCCUACCCGGGACUUGAACUUGUGUUGUGUAACCACGCUGAAGUGAAAAACAAAUUUGUACAAUUUGACAGGCAACAGAGUUUCCAAGUUAUAUGGGUGCUGCUGCUUCUUGGGUGAAGGAGUCAAACAAAAACACACCAGGGUAUUUUUCCUUUCUACAAACAACCUAAACAAAAUGUUUUAGCUGCCAGUGUUAGGCCAUGUCCACAUAAACACGAAUGUUUUCAAAAUCGCACAUUUCUCCGCCCAAAAAUAUCUGUAAAUAUCCCAUUUGACCGUCUGUCAGACGCAUUUUGGCCUGUGAGAAGCCUAAAGAAGCAACCACAGCUGACGUUUUUGCACAUUAUAAUGCCUUUAAGAGCAUAGGAAGUGUUUAUAAGUGUGAGAGAUGGGCUUAUUAAGACUUUAAUUGCAUAUAAUAUUCGUAAAAAUCAUAAAAAUAAAUAAAUACCAUCACUACUUUGCUGAAUUUUCACCUACCUCGCAAUAAACGAUGGAUGUACAAUGAUGUGUACCUUACGUUUAAAACCAGCAGAGGUGAACCGGAUAAGAGUACUGAUACUUUCAAGCAGUUGUAUCCAAAAUGCAGCCCGGGGGCCAUUUGCGGCCCACAGCAAAAAUUUGACCCACAUAUUCUAAAAGUACUAUUACAGAAAAAACACAUGCCAUGUGUAAUAAAAGAACAAAUAGAUGUAAAGUAACUGGAAUAAGAUGAAAUGUUGGCGCUAAAAACUAGGGAUGGACGAUGUAUUUUUUUUUUAAAGAAAACUUUCUGCUUCUCAAGAACUAUACCAAUAACCAAUGAACUUGUUUUUUAAAUGUAGAUUUUAAUGUACCAUAUUUUUCGGACCAUAAGUCGAUAUCUUUUUUCAAUGAUUUGAACCCUGCGGCUUAUGAAACGGUAUGGCUAAUUUAUGGAUUUUUCGAACAGCCAUAAUGUUUUGCAUUCAACAAACAGUUUUCAUAUUACACCGACAGACACUAAAAUGGUAUGAUAUUAUUUGUGCUUUGGCAUCAACUUUUGGACAAGUUCACUCACACAGGUGAUUCAGGUUAAAAACGUACUUCCUGUUUCGUGUCCAUAGCGUUUCAGCUGGAAAGGAUUUUUCUCCAAACAAAGUUUGUGAGUCUUACAAUAGAACUAAAACAAUUCAUACUUACUAAACCGCCCCAUGUGUGAUGUCUGUAGGAGUGUUUUCACGUAUACUUGUACGUACUAUUGGAAUGUAAUCAAGCUGGCGUUGUUAGCAUUAGGGAAUACGCAGUCACGUUUACAAGUGUCUGUUAGUAUUAUUAACUUACAAUGGCAUUCUUUUGUAAUUGUUUUAGUUUCUUAAAUUCACAAAAAUGUCACUGUGAAGUUAUUGAGUCUGUUUAGCUGAUUGGAGAGCUAGCUUCCGUAGCUAGUGGGUCCAUGACGAUGAUUUCAGUUUUGUUUGAUCAGCCGUUUUACUGCCGUGUUACAGGCACAAUGAAGGUAUGGAAAAAAACCUUUACAAAAUAUUUCGUACCGGUAUAUAUCUGCAGCUAAUAUAUGUAAAAAAUAUUUUUUCUUCUAUUAUUUGGUGGAUGCUUAAAUACCGGUGCGCUCUAAAGCCUGGAAAAUAUGGGAGUUUGUCCACAGCUUUCUUUGCGUCAGCUCCUUUAGCAGAAGAUGUCUUCAGUGGCUUUCAAAAACACCCCCACAGCGAUGCUGGAAUUUCAUGUGGCUGUUAAGGUUUGAUGUGUUGAAGCACAAUGUGUUUUUCCACCCUCUGGAAUGUUUGCAAAUAGUACGCACAAUGUCUUCCUCUGAAAUGGUGAAGAAGUCAAACGAUCAAAGCUAUGUUUGCAUACAACGCACUCAGGGGAGGUUUACGAUCGGCCGAUUUACAGCAUAGGCAGGAGAAAAGGAGCGCUUUAUUUGCCACUGCUACAACGUGUACUGCAAAAGAUGCACAUUCUACAGUCACUUAUGAUGUUAUAACACGGCUAAUGUUAGCAUUUGCGCAGCUAAAGCAAAAUAAAACAUCUACAACUUACCGCAACAUGUUUUCUAGAGCUGGAAAUUGAAUUAUUGUAAGCCGGAAUGUGAAUCUUUCUACUGACAGAUGACAGUGCAGGAUCAAAAUUGUCUUUUUCCGUUUGUAUGUAAACGUUGUCAUGUCACUAUUUACAGUGUGUAGUUCGAGUGUGGUCAUGGGACAACAGGUUUGGAGUCAAACGUCACUAGUGCUUUUGUUGAAUUGGUAAAACAGAGUCAUGUGACAGAACUUUUUCUAAUGAGCGAAAUGAAUAUGUCUUUGCAAGCAGUAAUCAAUAAUUAUAAAUUAAUAAAAUCAUGUGAAUAAAUGUAGCGAUCAGAAUGAAACCCAAUGUAACGUAGUGAAAGUGGUGAUUUUUCUUUACAAAAAUAGCACAAGUUAAAAGUACGUUGCAUUAAAAACUACCCUAAGUACAAUGUAUUGAAAAAGGUUACUGCAGUAAAUGUAGCGCGUUUCUACCCACCUCUGAAAACAUGUAUAGACAGAGCCUAAGAAAUUACACCUUUUAAUCGAUUGUGCAUGGAGUGUGCAUGUUACAAAGCGCACGCACACCUGUACGCAAACACCUGUAGGUCAAUUAAAAAAAAGGUUUAAAAACACGAAAUAAUGUUACGCAUAUCUUAUGUAGUCUUCAGUUUUACCCAGCCACACAAACAAAAAGGCUUUGGAAAAUCUCCAUUCUGGACAGAGUUUUCCAAAAGCUCAGUUUUAAUGACUGACAAAAUCCUACGUUUGUGUGUGAACGACAACCCAUUAAAAUGUUUAAAUAUCCAUAUAUUUGUGUGGACAUGGUCUUAGUCGAGGUUCCAAGAUGUUAAAAACCUCCCUAUUAAAGGGAUUGUUGUAAAAUAGCAUCAACAUACAGCAGUCAGUGUUACGUCUAUUUAUUGCUAUUUAUUCUAAUUAUUUGCACAUUAUUUAUUUUUGCCUUCUGUUAUAAAUAUGCCAAAGCAUUUGACACUUUUGAGUUUGUUUUUUUCACACAACUGCAUGCAAAAAAAGUCACAGCCCAGCAAAGGAAGACUAUGCCAAUGUUAUGAAUAUUUUGCAAAUUAGUUGCCAAAACUGCAACACUGUCUUUUUUUUUCCAUAUACAAAAGGGAAGGGGUGUCUAAAGUGCGGCCGGGGGGCCAUUUUCGCCUUAUUUUUAUUGGCAUAUUGUGAAAUUAAAAUGAAUUGUUAAUGAGAUAUAGCCUCCUGAGAACCAGCAUUCUCUGCAGCAGACAUUUCAGUUUAACAUAACAGGGCUCUUUUUGCCCCCAAAAUGAAAACAAAAGAAAACAAAUGUCCACUGCAGUGGACAGUGGUUCUGAAGAUGAUAUCAUUAGAUAUUACAAUAAUUAACUGUGUUCAGAUGUCUUAGCAUAUAUUGACCUGCAUUGGAUAGCAUUUAGCAUAUUUAUUGCACAAAAUGUGCUAAUAAUUCUGUAUGCGGCCCUCAGCGGAGACCUUUUGGACACCCCUGCAAUAGAGCAAUAAUGACACUCACAUCUGCAUCAGUUUUUUCUUCCAAGCGCCACUAUUGUGUGUAUGUAGUGAAGAAGAUAUGACAUAUCAGGGAGUAAGCAAAUUCAUAUUUGCUGUGAUUCUUUGAGGCCUUCUCCUCUUAGGUGAAGUUACAAUGUUGGGGAUUUGUUCAAAGCUUGUCCAUAGGUAUGCAUGAGAAAAUUAGGCAUAAAAGCUUCAAACGGAGGACUGCAGGUGUUUUUUUUUUGUACAUGUUGCACUGCCUGCCUUGUAUUAUUGUAAAAUUAUUGUAGAAAGUAGAAGGUACUACUAUUGUCGGCCUCUGGUGCUGUAAUAUUGACACUGACAAUGUUUUGCUUGUAGCCAUGAACAGCUACUUGAUGCAGGAUUUAAGAACUGUUGCUGAAGGGCUCUGUAAAAGGAGUCAAAGGAGGUCAAAUAUUGCGUGUCAGAACGCAACAAAAGCCAACUGUAAAGCCUUAACAAGAUGCGUGUCCAAUCUUUCAGCACCAGAGAGCACCGACAAACACGUUAGACAACACUACGAGCUACUGUAGCCAACUAUAGCCACAAGCUAGUUUAUCUAUUCUUAUAUAAAAAACACUUCCUCUUAACAAUUGUAACUUUUUGUUUGUUUUUUCCUCUCCGAGUGAGUAAGUAGCACAAUUAAGGAAGUGUUUAGAUUCAGGUAGACGAUGCCUUUAUUUGUAGAAAUAACUUGCUUUUUUUUCUACUGCAAUGCAUCAAGACGUGUGGGAAUAAAAACAAUGAAGAUGUUGAAGAAGACGCUCUGGGUGACAUUUUAUAAUGUGAGCAAACUCAGUCACAACUUUUUCUUUCUUUCCUAGAGCACAUGAUAUUUUGCGGCAAGAGGCCUUGUAAAUAAGCACUGAGUGGAUUAUUUCUACAGGUCUAUACAGAGCGACAGGUGACGAUGAUGAUUUUCAGGAGCUUCCUACUUUGUUGUUCUUCCUCUGAGGAGGUUUUUGGGAACCUCCAAUUGUAAAGCACAAAAGCAACACUGGGCAUUUUGUUUCAUUUCCUUAAUAAUAAAAGAUAGU